GGGUUUUGUGGAGACGCGCAGAGACGCACUCGGAUCCUCAGACCUGGACACGCGGGUUUUCUCGUUUUUUAGUCAUGUUUUGUCUCAUGUUUGUGUCUUAAAACGCGUCGCUCGGUUCAGAAAAGCUGCAGGCGCCAGAGCUGCGCCGCUGCGGACAUGGAGCUGCACAUUUUGGACCACAGGCUGCGCGUCACCAGCCUCUCCAAGAGCGGAAUAGUCAACUUUACGCAUCCUUUGAUUAAACUCAUAUUUCUGCGGAACAGGACGCGGUGCAAAUUUCUGAGCCUGACGGAAACUCCAGAAAACUACACAGUCGUCCUCGAUGAAGAAGGUUUCAAAGAGCUGCAGCCGUCUGAACACUUGCAGGUUGAAGGCUCGAUCUGGCUGCCUCUCAAUGUGGUCUCCAGCGGCAACGCUUCCAGCAGCUCUCAAGCCGUGGGCGUCACCAAAAUAGCCAAAUCCGUCAUCGCUCCGCUCGCCGAGCAGCACGUCUCUGUGUUCAUGCUGUCCACCUACCAGACCGACUUCAUCCUGGUGAGAGAACAGGAUCUGUCUGUGGUGAUCUGCACUCUGGAGGAGGAGUUUAACAUCUACAGAGAAGUGUCUGGGGAGUCUCUGCCUGUGCAAAGUCAGGACGUUUCCAACGGCCUUCACAAGAACGGAAAAGAAGCGCUGCAGCCCACGCUCCAUCCUGUGCUCAUUCCUCAAAACCAGUUCUGCGUCAUGUCUCUGGAUCCUGAAACUCUGCCGUCCAUCGCCACGACACUUAUCGACGUCCUGUUCUACUCCAGCAGUCCUAAAGACGACGCUCAGGCCAACCAGGACCUGGAGUAUAUAAAGUUCUUCUCAUUUUCUCUCAUCGAUGGAUAUAUUUCUCUGGUGAUGGACACAGAGGCUCAGAGACAGUUUCCUGCAGAUCUGCUCUUCACCAGUUCGUCGGGAGAGUUGUGGAGGAUGGUGCGCAUCGGGGGGCAGCCACUUGGAUUUGAUGAAUGUGGAAUAGUGGCGCAGAUUUCUCAUCCUCUGGCUGACAGUGACAUCUCUGCGUAUUACAUCAGCACAUUCAGUUUUGACCAUGCCCUGGUCCCAGAGGAGGAUAUCUUCAGUGUUACAGAUGUGCUCCAUCAUCAGCGAAAAGAACCGUCUUCCAAUUGAUGUCGUUUGUUCUGACCUGAGCGUCUCUGCAUUCGCUCUGGACACUUGAGUGGACAAAUCUAACUGUGCCUAUUAGACGCACUGGCUCUGUGCUGCUGUAGUAACAAGUCUCCAUGAAUGAAGACCAGGAUCUUCCAUGUGUUUGACUGUGGGGUCUCCGUUCCAGUUUAAGGGGGAUGUUUUUAAACUCUGUGCCUCUGAAUGCACAAUAUCUCAUGAUCAGACGUGCACAAAAAGCAGAUCUGCCCAGAAAUGAUUGGAUUUUUUAGUUUUAGUAGCUGGUGUUUUCAUUUCAUCAGAGCUAACGUGUGUGUAUCUUUUGAAGUCAUGUGUAUGUCUUGUAUUGUGUUUUGUUUUUCUUAAAAGCACUGACUGAACAGUAGAUGUUCUAAAAGCUUCUUAAACGUCUUAAAUCGGGUUUGUGUUCAUUUGGGCUGUGCUUUUUAUUUUGAAAGGUCAUGGAUUUCUCAAUGGUAGCUUUCUCAAAGGUCAACACUGUGUUAGUAGUUUUUGUAUUUGCACAAAAACAAUUUGAAUAUUUCAGAGUUACAUUUUUUUAUUUGGUACACGUCUUUUUUACGGUUUAAGGAAGUUGAUGUGUUUGUAAUUUUGGGUCCCGUCAAUAAACACAUUUAC